AUGAUGCCCCUGACGCCGCCUCCGCUUCGUCUCAGCGACCGUAGAUUUCUCCCAUCCAUGGUCGGACUGAGCUCCGUCCGGUCGUCGUCAGGACAGUCCCAACCAUAUCAAGGCGAUGUGACAUCUCCUAAGCACCCAGGAUUCUACCCAGCAAACAACAAAAUGCUACCUAUGGCCGAGCAACGUAGCACCACUUCAAGUUCUGAGUUUGAUCAGGGCCAUGGUCGGCCGGCAAUCGUUAUUCGAAGCAGUACCAGCUCAGAAGUUAGCAACCUACCAACGAUAAUGGCCCCCGCUUUGAGAUUCGACAAAGCAUGCUUCUCCACGACAGGAAGCAUUGCAGUCAUUAGUCCUAGAACACCACCUUUAUCACCAGCUCGACCCCAGAGGCCACAUGACAAUCCCUUAGCAAUUCCAGACCUAGUAACCCCAGUGAGGUCCUCGACGGGGGCGCUGCCUCCGCCGCCUCCUUCUCUUCUCACUGUGAAGAUGAGACUCUCAUCCACCUCUACGCCGUCUCUCGGGUCGGCCUCAACGACAGUAUCGCCAGUAUCACCCCUAUCCCCAUCACAGCACAAUGCCAAGAGGUCUCCAGUCAGCCCGCCUCCACACCCUGCGGAGAUCGGGGUUGCCAUCAGCAGACUACAAAACAACCCAGCAGCGGGUGUCAUCCUGCCUAGCUGCUCCCACGAACUAUGCGACUUGACUGAGUCGCCCGUCCGCGAGCGCCGCGAGAAAUGGGCCGGCUGGGGUGGUGUCAGUAAGGGGAGCCCGGGUACCGCUGUCCCAGGUAGGAAUAGGGUGAAUGGGAAUCCGAAGAUCUCAGGUGACACCAAGGGAAUUGUAAGGUCUACACUUGUGAUGAAAGAGCUGGACUUGGCGAGGCUAGGUGGGAGCUACUAA